AUGGGACAACUAAAAUCAAUCUCAACGCCAGCCGAGGCAGCUCAGGACUAUAUUAAUCGGAGACUUGUCCCAACAUGUGGAUAUGAUUGGCUUCCAUUCCUCACAGCACUAUUUGAACGCAACAAUUUUACAGGGGAAACUGGCGUGACGACUAGUGAAGGCAGUUCAGCAUACGAGAUCUAUGUUCCAGAAUGGACUCGGCCAGGAUUUAGGAAUGAUCGGGAACUUGUCUUGCCAGAUUGGGAAUUUAUAGAACGAUCAGAGCUUGAUGCGCCUAAAUCACUCCGUCCGGCUCUUCUACCGCAGGACAUUGACCAAACUCAUUCAGGCCAUGACCAGAAAUGGGGAGCUUACCUCGGCCAAUCUGAUAGCCAAAGUCGGCUAGAAUCAGCAAAUGGUGUUUCUCGUAAAGCCCGUCUUGCUUUACAAGUAAUUCUCGACAAUGCUAGUUCGGAGGAAAAGGACCGAAUGAUUGACUCGACGAGAGCGCGGGGAUUAAGACCCCUUUUCAAAGUUGAUAACACGGCGGCUAUUGCAAUCGAAGUACUCGAAGAGUGGAGGGUAACCAAAGAAAAGCCAUUAUGGAGCGAUAUGUCCAUGCAUCCGGAUAUGCAACAAAAUCUACGAACGACGGAUUUUUCAAAGCUACAAAAUCCGCAUAUUAAAAUGAAGGAACCCUAUGAAAAGUUAUUUACAAAUACCAAAGAAGAUGAAAACUGGCAACGGUUCUUGUUCAAGGGCUUGACAAUGGAUGAACUAAUCACGGAGGAUAUUCACACCAUGUCAGACUCGGUCACGCACAACCUGGACAUGAACCAACCGCUCCAUCCUUUACUCGAGAGAAACAAGUGGGAAGAUCCAUUCGCACGCACUUCUCAACACGAUAACCCGCGUUACUUCUAUGUAGGAAAUGGAGGCAAAAAGGAAUGGAAUGCAAGACGAAAUAACGAGGUUUGGGAAGCGCUACAGCCUUCCUUGCAAUUCGCAUCUCGUGUCCUGAAUCAAAACCCCAAAUUUUGGCAGGCGAUAAAAGAUCUCCGAACGAGACUGCCUAUUGACCCCAACCUGGAUCGUCGUGUGCUUCCGAGGACUAGAUGUUUGUGGAAAAUGGUCCCGGUUGACGAUGUAAACUCGGAAUAUAUUCCGGCACCCGUGGCUAGCCUUCAUCAAAAGCACUUUGAUUUUGUCGCUCAAGUUGAUCGGAUUCUGGAAAAUGGACUCCGUUUCCGAAUUGUUGACGGCCACAAUUAUCCACCACACAAUUCGAGAAACUUUCUUGAUAACAAGCAUGAUAGAACAUGGGAUCCUCAAAUCCGCGAGUUUUACGGGUUUACCGAGGCAGAAGAGCGGACUCCUGGGCAAUUUGAAAUCCUCCUCUCUGCACAAAUGAUCUGGCCACUCCUUGUCCCAGAAUAUCGCGCUUGUGAAAAGCUCUGCUGUCAUUUCAUGAUCGCUGUCACAAUCCUUCACGAAUUAAUGCAUGCUACCCACUUUGCAACUGCAUUCAUGUGCGGCGCGCUGGGCAAAAAGUACCCUCCUAACCAUUGUAGUCGCGUGUCCGAACUUCUUGAACAAGCCGGCGCUCAGCUUUUCGACAUGACUCACGCCGACGGUGAGCCGUUUUGGAAGAAUGACGCAUGGGCCGAGCUGGGAAGUGCUUUUGAGUACGAGACGUUUGGCAUGUUGACGUGUGCUCUGCCGGUCCCGGGAUUUACUUCUAGGAUGAUCACCUUGCAGCCCCUCUUCCUUGAGGGCUAUUCUUACCCUACAGUCUUUUGUGAUGACCACAGAUACCUGCCGGUUGCUAGACCCAUUAUCGAUUUCAGUCAACCCAUACGAAUAGACUGGCUUGCGACUCGAUUCGACCAGGGCUGGUGGGAUGAGCAAGUCGUAAGAUAUGGUCUGGACACGGCUGGCCGGAUGACAAACCCAGCAAACUCGUACUACACUCUCAUGGCAUAUGACUGGGCAGAUGAAGAAGUAUUGGCAGAAAUGAUGGGGGAGGAUAACUACGCCUUCAUGAAGACCGUUUGGACUCUGCUGCAUCGACGAGGGAUGCCUGUUUUGGCUGACUACUGUAAGGGUCUCAUCUGGUCAGCGGUCCCGCUCUUUGGUAUCAAGUCUCGUCUUCGUGCAGAAUAUCAGCAGCGGGUCGUUCACAACUUCUGGGGUAUCGAGGUUGACCCCAUGCCCAAAGCUAUGGAGGAGCUUCAGACUGCAGGCUGGCUUGGACUCAGAAUUCUGGAGUGUUGGAGUAACCGAAAUCAUGAAGAAGGGUUUCGAGAGUGGAAGGAAAAUAUCCCAGGACAGCGGAAUGCCUGCCGUAACCAAGACCUGAGUUCCUGGCGUAAGAAAAUGAACAAACACUUCGAAGAGUACUUCACUGAGCAUGGUGUGGUCCCGCAACACGUUGCCAAAAUACACCAUAUUUAUGUUAGGGAGUUUGGCAAGCUUGAACAGUAUAUUCAUGAGUACUUCAGGCAAGGACACCAAGAGUCCCGAUCUUAUCUUUGGCCUUCGGACGAAGGCCAGUCGAGCGACGAGUUCGAUUGGGUUGUCUUGACCCUAGCCGGGUAUAGGAAAACAGCAUCCGACAUUCGUGAUCUUGUCACCGGCAUCGGUCAGCACCCCGUGCUUCAGAACACGGAGGUGCCGCGUUGGACGAAUCCCUGGGCUGAGGUUUUUGAUGCUUUCUUCCAAACUGCGGAUCCCCUAUACGAGGGACUCAUGGCGGAUCGGAGACAGCAACUUCCAGCGGCAGACAUCCAUCACUUACUGAGUAAUAUCAAAGCUCCCUCCUCAAUCUGGCUCAGCAGAAGGCAACAAAUAAUGAAUCUGGCGCACCAACAGUACAGACUUGCUAGCGAAGAGAUUCGGGCCACGGUAGACGAGUUCGGUCGUCGGGCUGCCAUUUUCCAUGAGGGAUUUAGCUAUAGCUUUAACCAUGGGGGCACAAAACCAAGCGCGCAUCUGCGAGCGUCAGACCUGAGCCAAGAAAACCAAACACCAGCACCAUAUGCGAGAAUAGUUGACAUUAGUAACCUCAUAGCAGCCUACACGCCUUCAGCGCAUUCCGGAACGCUGCCCAGGUUCACAGGAGAACGGCCAUCUGCUUCAAACAUUGCCAAGAUGCUUUCUGCAACAACAUAG